CGAAAUCGUGGGAUGAUUCCUCUAGUUCCGAAAGAUGGGAAUACCGCCAUCAGGGCAGGAAUAUUUGUUUUGCUCGUGGCUGUUACGAACACUCUUCAGACCGGAUCAUCCGACGAGGCCGCAGCGGAAAGAACAUCAGCUUAUUGGAGAGAUGAAGCCCUCAAGGACCUGAAGUUGAAAAUUUCGCGGAUCCCGAAUGAAGGGAAGGCUCGGAACGUUGUAUUCUUCCUCGGAGACGGGAUGGGAGUCGCGUCCGUGGCUGGGGGCAGCAUCCUCAAGGCCGAACAGAGCGGAAGGACAUAUUCACGGAACACGAAGUUACAGAUGGAGCGGUUGCCGUUCUCCGGCUUAGUCAAGACUCAUUCAAUCGACGGAAUAACACCGGACUCCGCGGCAACGAGUACUGCGUAUCUGUGCGGAGUCAAAACUAAUAAUGGAAUGCUCGGUUUGCUCGGCUCUGUACCUCGGGGUGACUGCGCCGCUUCGCUCGAGCAGCAGAACCAGAUCGAUAGCGUGAUAAAAUGGGCUCAAGCAAACGACAUGUGGACAGGCAUUGUCACCACGGAUUCUGUCCUCGGUGCCUCGCCAGCAGGAGGUUACGCGCACUCCGCCGAAAGGAAAUGGUACAGUUCCGUUCCGGAGGGCUGUGCCGCCAAAGACAUCGCCGAUCAACUUCUCUUCGGCUCGGUUGGCAGCAAAAUGAAAGUCAUACUCGGCGGCGGCCUGCAAGAUUUUUUACCCCCGAGUUAUCCAGCCGAAGGUGAAGAGAGAAUUGAGAACUUGACCGCGCAGAAUUCGACCGGUGUCAGGAAAGACGAGAGGAACCUGAUCCGAGAAUACCUCGAAGCCAACGAAAAGUCCCGCUUCGUCUCUACACGCGAGCAGCUCCUGCAAGUUGAUCCGGAUUCGGUCGAUCGGCUCUUGGGAUUAUUCUCGAAAGAUGCUCUGACUUUUACUCUGGACAGGGACCCAGACUUCAACACUGAGCCCACAAUCGAGGAGAUGACUGAAAUAGCCAUACGGAUCCUCUCGAAUGCUCCUCACGGAUUCUUCUUGUUCGUGGAAGGCGGAAAUAUCGACACAGCUCAUCAUUCCAAUAAGGCGAAACAUUCUCUGGAGGAAGUAAUUCAAUUCGAUAAAGCUAUCGAAUUGGUCGCAAACACCGUCAGCUUCGAGGACACGCUCGUUUUAGUCACCGCGGAUCAUUCUCAUGGAGUGAGCAUCAGCGGCUAUUCUUCCCGAGCCCAAUCGAUUACAGGCGACUCCGACAGCAUGGACCUUGAAAAUAAGACCUACAGGAUCAUAUCUUACCCAACUGGUCCUGGGGAAGAUUAUCCGUCGCUUGUGAAAAUGACCUCCGGGGCUCACAGUGCCGAAGAUGUACCAAUAUAUGCCUCAGGUCCUUGGGCGCAUCUAUUCGAGGGUUCUAUCGACAACACGCUGAUCCCGAAUAUCAUAGCGCACGCAGCCUGCAUCGGGCCUUUUCAAGGCGGAAAGUGUUUAAGGAAGAAGGUAGAAUGAUGGGUGCCAUCUCAGUGGAAUACAAGGGUUUCAGAGUUCCGAAAUACAACAAUGUGAACAAAAUCGAUCUUGGGGUUCCAUGGGGAUGAGUAAGCGCCUCAAUGCAUUUUCAGAAUUGACGCGAGCGAGCUGAAUGCUGAAAGCGACGUCACGCACAACUCAGCUCGAGCAUCGCCGGAGGGGAAGUGAAUGUUUUCCCGCGACCUUGUCAAAAUAUUCGUUUCUGA